AGACAGCACCCGAUCAUUCAAGGCUUUACUUGCAAAGGAAUAGGAUUCAACUUUUUUGAAAUUAUAGAAGCACAUAUUCACUAUGCAUCUACAGAAAAAAGGCUUGUUUGCGUUACUACACAUGAUUGUCGCCACUUGUGCACGAGAGCCCUCGAGCCUGAUUUGCUCGAGAUAUGACUAUGAAGAGCGGUUGUUAGAAAGAGUCCUUAGAAACGAGUUGGCUCUAGAAACCACUCUGAAUGAAAUAAUGAAAACGAACGCCAAAGUUGUGGAUGCGUUAACACAGUUAGAAGAUGCAAAGACAAAAGUGGACUCUACGUUGGCAGUUAUGGAAAAGAAACAAAUCGAAAUGAAAUCACAACUUGCUGAUUUUAUUUCGAAUGCAUCUUACAUUAUGAACUCAACGUUAGUUGCAAAUGUGGGCGCACUGGUUGAAGCUUCAUCACAGAUAAAGGAAAAUGCUUCAGUGACGGUACAGCAACUUGUAAAGGAAGUCAAUAUUCUUAAAGAUCAGUUAAACGUCCCGACAAUUUACUUCCGUGCGCGCAUUACGGCUGGCAUCACAGAUCUAUCAAGUGGUCAGGAUGUAGUCUUUCCGACUGUGGACGUAAACGAAGGACAAGGUUAUGAUCCUCCAACAGGAAAAUUCACAGCCUCCAUCCCUGGAAUGUAUCUGUUCAGUGUCCAGUAUUGUGUCCACCACAGCAAGCAAUAUGUUUACCUUGAAAUCGUGCAUGGAGACAAGGCAUUACAGAGGUCAAUUCACUAUGAUGCUACCGGUACUGUACCAUGUGUGACUAUGCAGGUAUCAGCAGCGGUUGCCAUGGGGAUAUGGUCUGGGUGCGCGCAACAGGAUCGAGCUCGUUGUAUGCAGAUUCACUGAGAUAUAGUUCAUUUGCAGGAACACUGAUCCAUGUAUAACCACAAUAUAAUGCAAUGCAGCACACUACACUUCGUGAGGAAGAAGACGCCAAUUAUGUGCUUUCUUAGCACAAAAAUUCUAUGUAUUUCGACUGUAUUUAAAUAUUUUUAUCGUAUAUUCGUUUGUUAAAUUAAUGUUAUUCAUGCAUAUCUGCAUGACAUAUAUGAAACAGGUUUACUACAAAAAAAAUAACAUCGGUUUUAAUGGUAUAUAAUGCAUGUUUUAUGUGUUUUUGUUUUCUUUAAAAUACUGUUGCUAUAUAUUGUUGUACUGUAUUUAACUAGCUCUCGGUUAUAGGUAUGUCUCGCUGCGUUUAUUAAAUAUAUGAUGUAUAACUAAUUAAAUGCCAACAAUUUAAAACGAAUUAUCAAAUGAACACUAACUAAAAAGUAAAUUUCUUCUGUUUCAUGUUCAAACGGCUUUAAAUAUUACAUGUGCAUAUAUGUACAAUUCUAAUGUUUGUUUUUUUUGUUUUUUAUUAUAUGACUGGCACAAAUUUGUUGGUCACUAUUUUUUAUUGCAGUAAGUUUGACUUACUUAUGUACAUAUAUGCUUUUUUGAAAUGUCAAUAUCUAUCUGACAAACGUGUUUGGUAUAUCACUUUAAAAUGUAUCGUUUUGUUUAAUAUCAAAUUUAGUUACACUGUACACACGAAAGUAAAUGUUUUCACUACAAAUAUUUGAUAAUGUAAUAUAUAUGCAAUACCGUUACUAUAUGUAGUAACCCACAUUAACCCUUAGUAAACUACAAGAACUAGUCGGGUUCUUACUGUAUACACUGUAUGAUACAAUUGGAAA